UGCAGGCCUGGCGCGCGUCCGGAAGCGCUGGCGAGACAACCAGCUCAGAUCUUGGGGGAAAUGACACCCCUAUGCCCUCGUCCGGCACUCUGCUACCAUUUCCUUCCGUCUCUGCUCCGCUCAGUGUUUAAAAACGCGCCAAGCACCCGGCAGGGAGCCGAGGCCGCGGGACUCUCCGAGCCAGGCCCAGCCCUGGGCCCAGCCGCCCUGCUCCGGACACUCCGGACGGUGUCCAGCGCCAGCCGCCAGAGCCGAGCCUGCCGCGGAGCCAAGACCGCUGUUGUGUCCCCCAGCAAGCGGGCCCGGCCCGCGGAGGAGGGCAGCAUGCAGCUCCGCUUUGCCCGGCUGUCGGAGCACGCCACGGCCCCGACCCGGGGGUCCGCACGGGCUGCGGGCUACGACCUGUACAGUGCCUAUGAUUACACAAUACCAUCUAUGGAGAAAACUGUUGUGAAGACAGACAUUCAGAUAGCUCUUCCUUCUGGAUGUUACGGAAGAGUAGCUCCACGUUCUGGCUUGGCUGCCAAACAUUUUAUAGAUGUAGGAGCUGGUGUCAUAGAUGAAGAUUAUAGAGGAAAUGUUGGUGUUGUACUGUUUAAUUUUGGCAAAGAAAAGUUUGAAGUAAAAAAAGGUGAUCGGAUUGCGCAGCUCAUUUGUGAACGGAUUUUUUAUCCAGAAAUAAAAGAAGUUCAAGUUUUGGAUGACACUGAAAGGGGUUCAGGAGGUUUUGGUUCCACUGGAAACAAUUAAAAUUUAUACCAAGAAUAGAAAAUGAAAAAUUGUACCUUUUUCUUAAAA